GGAGCGUGCGGUCAGCGGAGGUACAGAGAAAAACCGCGGAGGGGGGGCCGGAGAGACAGGUUAGUGUGUUGCGUGCAUUCAGCAGGCGGAGCCUCGAGCGCCGAGACCCGGCUGCUUAAGGCCGGAGGCCGGAGCAGUCUUAAUAUACCCACCUUGCCAUGGCCGAUGUCCCUGCUCUGUUCACCUUAAUCUGCCGAUUGGUACUUACUGUUCAACUUUUGCCAAACGGGUCUGUGCCCUGUAAAUACCCGUUGAAAUGAAAUGCACAAUGAAAACAAUGAAGAACUUGCUGAGUCAGAUUUUAGUGAAAAAGCAUUGACCUAGGAGUCAAGACCCACCUCUUCACUAAUUUGAUAUUGUGCAAGUCAUCUUACUUCUCUGCAUCUCAGUUGCCUGAUCUGUAAAAAAGGAGAUAAAAAUUCUUUACCUAUCUGAAGAUGAUGUGGAGGACCAUCUUACUACGAUAUUGUUUUCUCUUGGUUUCCUGUCUACUUACUGCUCUUGAAGCUGUGCCUAUAGACAUAGACAAGACAAAAGUAAAAAAUACUCAACCUGUGGACAGCGCAAAGAUAGAACCACCAGAUACUGGACUUUAUUAUGACGAAUAUCUUAAGCAAGUGAUUGAUGUGCUGGAAACAGAUAAUCAUUUCAGAGAAAAGCUCCAGAAAGCAGACAUAGAGGAAAUAAAGAGUGGGAGGCUAAGCAAAGAACUGGAUUUAGUAAGUCACCAUGUGAGGACAAAACUUGAUGAGCUGAAAAGGCAAGAAGUGGCAAGGUUAAGAAUGCUAAUUAAAGCUAAAUUGGAUUCUCUUCAAGAUACAGGCAUAGACCACCAUGCUCUUCUAAAACAAUUUGAUCACCUAAACCACCUGAACCCUGACAAGUUUGAAUCUACAGAUUUAGAUAUGCUCAUCAAAGCGGCCACAAGUGAUCUAGAACACUAUGAUAAGACUCGACAUGAAGAAUUUAAAAAAUAUGAAAUGAUGAAGGAACAUGAAAGGAGAGAAUAUUUAAAAACACUGAAUGAAGAAAAGAGAAAAGAAGAAGAAUCUAAAUUUGAAGAAAUGAGGAAAAAGCAUGAAAAUCAUCCCAAAAUUAAUCAUCCAGGAAGCAAAGAUCAACUAAAAGAGGUAUGGGAAGAGACUGAUGGAUUGGAUCCUAAUGACUUUGACCCCAAGACAUUUUUCAAAUUACAUGAUGUCAAUAAUGAUGGCUUCCUGGAUGAACAAGAAUUAGAAGCUCUAUUUACUAAAGAGUUGGAGAAAGUAUAUGACCCCAAAAAUGAGGAGGAUGAUAUGGUAGAAAUGGAGGAGGAACGGCUUAGAAUGAGGGAACAUGUAAUGAAUGAGGUUGAUGCUAACAAAGACCGAUUAGUGACUCUGGACGAGUUUUUGAAAGCUACAGAAAAAAAGGAAUUCUUGGAGCCAGAUAGUUGGGAGACUUUGGAUCAGCAACAGCUCUUCACAGAGGAAGAACUGAAAGAAUAUGAAAAUCUUAUCUCCUUACAAGAAAAUGAACUUAAGAAAAAGGCAGAUGAACUUCAGAAACAAAAGGAAGAGCUACAGCGUCAGCAUGACCAACUUGAGGCUCAGAAGCUGGAAUAUCAUCAGGUCGUACAGCAGAUGGAACAAAAAAAAUUACAACAAGAAAUUUCUCCAUCAGGGCCUGGUGGAGAAUUGAAGUUCCAGCCACACAUUUAAAGUCCGAAGUCCACCAGAACUUGGGAGAAAACUGUUAAAUCAACAUCUGUGUCAUCUUUUUACCGCCCUUUCUUUUUUUUCUGCUCAAUAAAUACUUUAAAGCAUAUAUGGAAUAAAGGAAGAUACUUUUUAAAUGAGAACACAUCUUUUCAGGACACAGAUAUUUAAGGCUUAAAGUCCACCAUAACCAGGAAGAAUAUAAACUCAGUAUCUGCUCUCAUUUUCAUACCUCUCUCCCUUUUAAUUUGUUCUCCUUUAAUGAUUUAAUUCAGUGGCCAUAAUUAUCCCAUUAUUUAAUGAAACUAUCAGUAACUGUUUAAGUGAGAAAUUUCUGUACUGCUUUUAAAGUAAAUUUAUAUUGUCAUCACUUAGUCAUAAAGAUAGUCUUUUACAGGUGCUUAUCAUCCCCUCUCUUGAUAAAAGUCUCUUUGUUAUUAAUAAUUCUUCUGAGAAGACCACACUUUCCCCCAGUGUUUCUUGGUAACUUCUUCCUAUUUCCAGCAACCUUACCUGCUAGAAAUUCUUCUACUGAAGAGCUUUUGCUACCACUUCAGGUCAUUUUUGGGUUCAUAUAUUCGCUUUCUAUUCUAUUAAGAUCAGGUUCUGCUACAAAAAAAAAAAAAAAAAC